UCUUUUCAGGGCGCCACAAUCUUCAAGAUGACCAACGCCGUCUGCGAAUCCUACAACAAAUCCUGGGUGGAGUUUGGUGUCUGCCGCUUGAGGGCUAUCAGUCGGAACAAGGUGUGCCUCAAUCUGGAUGCCAUGCUGCAUCAUCCGGUCACAAAUGUGUUUGUCAAAGCGCAGCUCAUGAAGCGUGCCAACGGCUACAAGCCCUGGCUGUACAAAGUCAACUUUGAUGGCUGCCAGUUCAUUCGGAGGCGCAACAGUGCAUUGAUACGCAUAGUUUGGGACCUCUUCAAGGAAUUCUCCACGAUCAAUCAUACGUGUCCUUAUGUGGGCAUGCAGAGGAUCAGGGACUUCCAUUUGAGAACCGAAAAGCUGCCAACACCCAUACCAACGGGCGAUUAUCUGCUACUCAUCGACUGGAUAUUCAACAAAAAGACGCAGGCUGCCACAAAUAUUUACUUCACCUUCGUGGAGGACCUUUGAACGAGCAACACGUGGCGUUGACAGUCCUCAAUAAAACCAUUUAGCAGCGCG